AGAGAAGAGGACCCCAUUUACACUUUGACAUCAUAAUCUUGAGCUUUUCCUUUUACAAAUUGAUAAACUAUGAUUAAUUUAUCAUAGGUAUAUAUCUGUGUUUCAUGUCCUUUUUCUUGCUUGGAAUAAAGAAAAGAACUUCACUUUGUUUUGAAGGCACUCGCAAAAAUCAUUGAACUAAACAAUGCUUCUUGUAUGUAUGGAACAAUCUAGCUACUUUCUACUUAAUUCAUCCAUUCCUGGCUCUCUCUUCUCUUCAAAAGCACACAAUCCUUUGGGGACAAACCAUUCCAUUACAAUUGGAAAAGAGCUGAUCAGUAAUGGCGCUUCUUGCUGUCCUCUUGUCUUCUCUUCUUGUUGUCUCCUGUAAGGUUUCCAUUACCAAAUGUUCAAUUUUUUUUUUUUUUUAUGUUGAUAGCAACAGUUUUAUUAACACAGCUUUCUUUUGUGCUUUAACAGUGGCAGAAAUCUCGAGCAAGAUUGGAAUAAACUAUGGUCGAGAAGGGAAUAAUUUGCCAUCUCCAUAUCAAUCCAUUGAGAUCGUGAAAUCCAUGAAUGCUGGCCGUAUCAAGCUCUAUGAUUCUGACCCUGAAAUAUUGAAACUCCUCUCAGGAACCAAUAUCCAUGUAGCCAUUAUGGUUCCUAACAAUGAUAUAAUCCAAAUUGCUUCAAGCCAAACAGCAGCAGAACAAUGGGUCCAAAACAACGUCCUGGAAUACUACCCGGAUACCAUGAUCCGAUUCGUUUUAGUUGGCAAUGAAGUCCUCAGCAGCAAUUCGGAACAAGAUCAGACAAUUUGGCCUAACCUUGUUCCUGCAAUGCGUAGAAUUAAAAAUUCUCUGAGUGCUCAUGAUAUUAAGAAUAUUAAGGUCGGAACCCCUCUAGCAAUGGACGUACUGCAGUCGACUUUCCCACCAUCAAGUGGUAUGUUCCGGUCUGAUAUUUCGGAUACUGUGAUGGCACCGUUGCUGAAAUUCUUGAAUGGGACCAAAUCGUUUUUUUUCCUUGAUGUUUACCCUUAUUUUCCAUGGUCUGCUAAUCCAAUGAACAUCAGCUUAGAUUUUGCUCUUUUUGGAGGGAAUGUACUCCUAACUGACCCUGGCAGUGGCUUAGUUUACACAAAUCUCCUAGACCAAAUGCUUGACUCAGUCACUUUUGCCCUGGAAAAGCUUGGAUACCCCAAUAUCCGACUAGCAAUAGCUGAAACAGGCUGGCCCACUGCAGGGGAUAUUGAUCAAGUCGGAGCAAAUAUCUACAAUGCAGCCACUUAUAACCAAAACCUCAUUCGCAAAAUGACUGCUAAACCACCAUUAGGUACCCCAGCUAGACCUGGUUUAAUCAUACCAACAUUUAUUUUCUCCCUAUACGAAGAAAACCAAAAGACAGGUCCCGCAACAGAAAGACAUUGGGGCUUGCUGCAUUCAAAUGGAACACCUAUUUAUGACAUUGAUCUCACCGGAAAGCGGCCUGUCUCUGAUUACAAGCCACUCCCUCCAGCUGAAAACAAUGUGCCUUACAAGGGGAAGGUUUGGUGUGAGGUGGCUGCAGGGGUCAAUAUGAAGAACUUGUCAUCAGCAUUGUCCCAUGCUUGUAACCAGGAUAAUCAGAUUUGCGCAGCAUUGAGUCCAGGGAAAGAGUGUUAUGAGCCAAUGUCAGUAUUCUGGCAUGCAAGUUAUGCAUUCAGCUCAUACUGGGCAAAGUUUCGAAGCCAGGGGGCAACUUGCUACUUCAAUGGAUUAGCCAGAGAAACUACAGUAAACCCAAGUAAGUUUGCUUAAUUGUCUCCUUUUUCAUUUUUUCUGGUUCUGUUCAUUUUGUUCUUGUUAAUGAAUAUGCAAUCGAUUCUUUUGAUCAGGUCGUGGACAGUGCAAUUUCCCAAGUGUGACUCUCUGAAGAUUAUUUGAAGACAUUAAUAUUAACGUCUAGGAAUUGGUCUUAUGUUUCUUCUGUUAGACUACUGUUAUCUCAUACUUUUGUAAGGGAAAAACAGUGUUUUCUAACAUCUAAUUAGAAGACAGGAGUUUCCUGUUAUUGGAGUUUUUUACUACCUUUUCUUAUCUCAACUCUUAGCUCAAUGUUUAG